UUCCAUGUGCCACCGACCAGUAAACAAUACGGUUGCGCCCUUUCGAAACGCCGGUCGAGGAGAGCUCUUGCAGUCGGUGCGUUCGUCUUGCACAUGUGAGACAUGUGUUCGGGUGCACAUUCAUCUCUCGUCGAGACUAAUUGUGACGAAAUGUGAUUUUUUUCGAAAUACGUGUUCGAGUGAUUCGUAAUUGGAGAGAAUUAGUGCAGGUGACGGAGGGUUAAAGGCUUAAAGCUCCACGGAGGAAAGAUGAGCGAGUUCGGGCGGCCACUUCCGGCCCGCCGGCGAGCCACCCCCAUUCCCGUGCCGCCCCCGAGAAUUCCCACGCCGAUGCCGCCAUCCAACAACAACAAUCCCGCCAGAUCCUUGCAUUCGAAAGAUCCCAACCAGCGAAUCCAUCCCUCGUCAGUUGGGUCCGACAUUCCUAAGCUUAUCACAAAAGCUUCCUAUAAGCUACUGGAUAACGAUGUCAAAACGGCAUGGAUCAAUCCUCGGCUAAUCUCAAAGAUCGACUUGGAGGUGAUAAAGUCGACGGAGUACGUGCCGCCCCCGGAGCACAACAUGAAUGGCCACUACAGCCACCUCAUGUCUCACCAGAACCAAAGCUGCGGAAGAUCCCAAAGAGAGUGGGAGAGUGCGGUGAAUGGGCGCGCGAAAUCCCGAUCAGUGCCUGCCCCAACAGCGGCGGCAGCAGACGCAAUCAUCAGACGGAGGAAGCCAUCCACGAAGCCGCAAAUGGAAGCCAACACCGACCGACUGCUCAGCAACAAUCGCGGCCUCCGAUCAAAGACCAAAUCGCAAAGACAAAAAGUGAAAGGGGUCGUGGGGUACCAGAGCGCGACCGCGUGCUACGUCGGGGGUGGCAGUGGCGGCGGCGGCAAUGACAGUGCAGUGUACGGUGUCUACUCCGAAACUAAAUACACUUUUGCAGUGAACGGCAUGCCGGGGACGGCGGCUCAGGCCUCGGCGGCGGCGGCGUUUUUCGCAAGAGCCGCCCAAAAGCUGAACCUCUCGUCGUCGCCGCACCGCCGGAAACGCUACAACUCUGAAGAAGCCGACUCCUCCGGUUUCUGCGGCGCUUUGCAGCGGUCGCCGCCCCCCGUGCCGCCGCCCCUUCUGCGAAGAAUCGGAGUCAGAGAAGUCACCGGAGUCGGCAAGGUGAAGGUGAUGUUGAGGGUGUCCAACCCGCCCGGCUCCGGUACGGAGGCGUGUUCGAACACGUUCUUCAGCUUGGACAAGCGGAAGAAGCAAGUGAAUUUGAUCGACCCGGCCACUUGUGGAGGCUCGUCGGCACCUGAAGACCGACGAGUGGGCGUCGCGGCGCCCAAAAUGUUCGCCUUCGACGCGAUUUUCUCGCAGGACGACUCGCAGACGGAGGUGUGUUCGAGUGCCCUCACGGACGUGAUCCAUGCUGUUAUCAACGGCAAUGAUGGCUGUCUGUUCUGUUUUGGGCAUGCAGGACUUGGCAAGUCGUAUACGAUGCUGGGAACCCCCGAAAACGCCAACACUCUGGGCAUAAUCCCCUGUGCCAUUUCGUGGCUGUUCAAAGGAAUCAACGAACAGAAACAAAAGACCGGCGCCCGCUUUUCCGUCCGCGUGUCAGCCCUGGAAGUGUGCGGCCCCACGAACCAAAUGCGGGACCUCCUUGCAGGCUACGCCAACGCAGACUCGGAGCAAUCCCCCGGCGUUUACCUCCGCGACGACCCUUUAUUUGGCAACCAGCCCCCGCAUUGUGAGCUGCGGGUGCCGACUGCGGAGAAAGCGGCCCACUACUUGGACGCCGCCGUCGACUGUCGAGCACCCACUCGAGAGGAGUCCCGAGACACCCACCUCCUGUUCACCCUCCACGUGUAUCAGUACAGCGUCGCGGGAAAAGGCGGAGUCGCCGGUGGAAGAAGCCGCCUGCAUCUGAUCGAUCUCGGCAAUUCCGAACGCGGGAAGGCCAGCGGAGGCAUCCCCUUAUCGGGCUUGGGGAACAUCCUCCUUGCGAUUUUCAACGGCCAGAAGCACCUCCCGUACAAGGAACACAAGCUGACCCAACUCCUAAAAGACUGUCUCGGGUCCCUGACUUGCCAUGCAGCCAUGAUAGCGCAUGUUUCGCCCUCAGCCCAGAAUUACUCCGAUACUUUGACCACGGUCCAGCUAGCAUCGAGGAUACACCGAAUGCGGAGGCGGAGGAUCAAGUUCGUGUCGUCUGGAACCGGCUCCGGUGGAAGUUCCGGGGAGGAACCGACCCGGACCACCGGAACCAGCAGCGAACCUGACCCUUCCUCCAGCGACCUAAGUGCUGAUACUGUCAUUUACGUCGGUCCGGCUGACGACGCAACCGACGGGGAACACCCCCCUGUAUAUAUCCCUAGCCUUAAUUCCGGAGACAAUCGAUGCUCGAUGAGCAAAGUUCUGCGAGGUUCGAGUGCAGAACAACGACCAAAAGUUCCUACCAAAGACACACAUCGUCCGGCGAAAACUUCGUGCCAAAGCAACAAAACAUCACCAGCUCACACAAACUCACCCAAAUCAUCACCAAGUCGAGCCAAACCGCUCAAAGGAACCAGCGACGAGCAGUGGAUCGACGGACCAAGAAUCUCAAAGUCGAAAGUAGCCGAAGCCAGGCAUUUGAUGAAAGAACCGUGCCAUGUCAAAAAGCGCGAAACGUGGAUCGAUGGGCCCAUGCAAGCCGAAGCCACCGGCUACGGCUACAUGGACAGCCACAAGAAAAACAUGAUCAGGAAAUGGGUGGAACACCAAACGUCCCAAAUACAGAGAACUAAGCCCAAACAGUACAAAGAACUGACGCAGUUUAAGACAGAAGACGAAAUCGUCAAACCCCUAGACAGCAAAAAGGCUGAAACGGUCGAAGAAUCGGUGAUCAGAACGGGACUCAAGCUAAACUCCAUCAAAAACGACGCAAUCCCCGAAUGCCAAACCCCGGAAGAGAAAGAACCUGCAGACGACCUGGAAGACGAAGAAGAGGAACCAGAGCUACCACCGGCACUUCCCUUAAUACAGCCCUUGAGCAGCCGAGAAGUGUCCCUCGAAAGUCUCGACAUGCUGCUAAAGGAGCGCAUGCUGUCGAACGCCGAGUACCAAAAUUACCAAAACCCGGAAAGCGACGAAGAUGAAGUCUUGGAAAUUAUUGAGGUGGAGGAGCCCCUCGAGCCGGUCCCGACCCAGGACAGCUGCCUCCAGGUGACAGAAGAGGACAUAGCCCUCUGUAUGGGCUACAUCGAGAACCCGCUCCCGGAGGUGGACCAAGAGAACCCUCUCGACCACCCUUUGCGGAUCUUAAGCCAGGAGAAUUUAACAGUUGUGUCGACUUUCACCGACUCAAUGUCAGUCUACACUGACCUUGAGCGGAUCCUUCCGAGACACAAGUACGACCCUCAGUACGAUUACGAAGACCCCGAUAAUCCCUAUCCAAGAAACGGCAAUUUCGACGAAUCGACUCGGAAAAAGUUCGACCAGUUGGCACGCCUGCACCAAUUGUACACGAACCGACUGGCCAAAGCCAACGUCGCCAAUUCGGAAACGUACCAAAAGCAGCAAAAAAACCGCACGCUGAGCCGGUGUGAGUCACUAUCACUAACCGACAUGUUGUACGGUGGCGGCUACCCUGACAAUGGGAGUAUCUACUCGGAGCCGGCCUACGUGCAGGAGAAAUUUUGCGAAAAUUGUAAAAUAAAUUUAGGCCGUCCGGCCACGUCCCAGAACUGGUACACCGACUUGUACUUGUCGGCCAGCACCCAGGACUUGUCCCAGAAAAAGAGCGACUCUUUAGGUGGCCGCUUCCAGCGCUACUGCCACAACUACGACCACAACCUGGCCUACUUGCGUCACCCCGACGGGGCCUCCAAUCCGAAUUUAGAAGAAUCCAGGGUCCACGCUUCGACGUCCGAAAGCGCCCCCGCGCCGCCGCUGCCGCCCCCGAACAGUCUUCCCUCCGUCGAACGCAUGAACAGGGCCAUUCUCAGCAUCGAGGCCGGGACUGCGAUCAAACUGACCCACAAGUCGGAAGGGUACGACAGUGGACACGACUCCACCCCCAGGACGUCCAAGCACAGUCCGGCGGCCAUCAGCCGAAGGGCCGAGAGCGGCUACGACAGUGUGGUGAGGGACAGCGAAAGUUCGAGCAUCGACUCGGACAGCAUGUCGCACUUGCAUGGCCGCAGGGGCAAGUGCAAGCACAAGCACGAGAAGAGCUUCUGUUCGUGGUUUCUUAACCCGUUCACGUGUAAAUAUAUCGACGACCCGCCCGAAACGCAUUUCUAACUUGGGGACUUCCCCGACGCAAGACUGAUUUUUACAAGGGAUGCGCUCUAGUUGGCCGCGAUUUUUUCCUUUCAACUGUACUGAAAGCAGGACAUUUGCCGUGGCCAACUGUGUGCCCGAUUCCUUCGUAUAUAAACACCGACUUUUCAUUUCCGAUGCAUCGCAAAAUUCCGUACCGUCGUUGGCCGUGGUAACUCAAUAACGCAACGAAACAGUAUGAACCUGUAUACGUCGAAAUGUGUCAAAUUUACCUUUAGGAUCAUUUAUAUCACUUUAAAUGUGCAUAAUUUGAGGAUAUUAGACGAAAACUUGGCAUGUACAUCUAUUUUUGGUAUCGAUAUUGUUUACUUCCUGCAUAUCAUUAGAAGUUCGAGGGAUCAAAAUGAUAUCUUGCCAACUGUUUCUAAACGAAAACUAGCUUAAGACUGCUUGUCAAUUUUGAUCUCGACAUCUAAAUUUUAUACAAGGCUUCUUGAUACGACUAAAAUGAAUUUUAUUUGUGAUAAAUUGUAAGUAGUAGUGAACGCCUUUCCGUUUGUUCGAAUUUAUAUAAACUGUAAAUUAGUGUAAAUUUGUGUAUUUAUUUCAAUUUUAUACUGUUAUUAAUAAUCAUUUUUGAAUUUAUUUGUAAAAUAGCUGUUAGAACUAUUACAGUUGUAUGACUAUAUAAAUAAAACAUUUAUCAGA